UACUGUAGGUAGAGUAACAACAUUUAAAGUCCCACAAAAUCUGGAAAGAAAGAAAAUUUACAAUUAAAAAAUGGGUAAAUAUAAAAAAAUAUCAGCCAACAGAAGAAAAACAACUGUGUAGGAGUCAAAUAUGACCACAAAACAAUGGCCUAAACAAAGUAAAAUAAAAAACACAAAGGAUGAUCAGACAAAAACUACCACAAAAACAUACCUUCCCAAAUUAGAAAGGAAAAUAAAGGUAUGAUUCUUGUUUAAACACAAUGGACUGAUGUUUAUCCUAUACAUUUUUAACAAAUUCACACAAACAUGGUCAGAAAUUGUAGUCAGGUUUUGUUUCUCCUACUUAUAGUUGCUGAAGGAAAGUCCAUCUCAUAUUUAUAACGAGUUAAGAGAAGAACUUUAGUGUCGGUCUUUAGGCAUCAAUAUGACUAUUUGCUGUUGAACAACGUGAACGCGCACGUACGGAUGAAGUGGGGUGCCGUGCGCGCGCCCAAAAGCACAGAUUCACAAAAGCAGCAGAUCAGCAGAGAGGUGAACACACACACAGCCCCUUCUCAGUCUGCUACACCAAAGCGGAGAAGAAACCGGAGCAGUUUGGUUCUGCUGGGUUUUCCCGUCUCCUUCUGGACCAGAACUCGCCACGGAGAUGAGACUUUUAAAAGUCACUUAAACCCAUCAUUUGGAUCCUGCUCACUUCAAACGCCGCUGAUGUCCCACCGCGCUUCGGAUGCAGCAAAGAUGGCAUAACUUUACAUGCAUUGGGUCCAGUUUCGCGUGGGGACAUUCAUCCCAGCUCGGACCCCGUGUCCAGGCAGCUGAGGCCGAACAAGAGGCGAGGCGGCGGGAGGAGGAGGAAGGGGAACCGUGAACCCGGAGCGGCCGGGCGGGAUGGUGCGCCUCUGGAACUGCCUGCUGCUGGGAUAUCUGACCUGGAACCUGCGCAUAUCGGACGCUCAGGGGGAGUACUGCCACGGCUGGCUGGACUCUAACGGGAACUACCAUGAGGGCUUUCAGUGUCCGGAAGACUUUGACACUACGGACGCGACCGUGUGCUGCGGCUCCUGCGCGCUGCGCUACUGCUGCGCGGCCGCGGACGCACGCCUGGACCAGGGGGUCUGCACCAACGACAGGGAGGUGGACAACACUGAGUUUGCCCCGCAGCCCAUCUAUGUUCCUUUCCUCAUGGUGGGAAGCAUCUUCAUAGCCUUCGUCAUCGUUGGCUCCCUGGUGGCGGUCUACUGUUGCACCUGCCUGCGGCCCAAGCAGCCCACCCAGCAGCCCAUCCGCUUCUCUCUGCGCAGCUGCCAGGGAGAGACCAUCCCCAUGAUCCUGACCACGGCCCCGCCCAGCCUGCGCGCCCCGUCUCGGCAGUCCAGCACGGCCACCACCAGCUCCAGCUCAGCGGGUGGGGGCAGCUCCACGCGGAGGUUUUCUUUGGGGGGUCCGGCCCAGCAGCAGCAGCAGCACGGCUGCCUUGUGACUGCCACCGUCUCCUCCUCAGCCUCCACUCCCACUCAGACCCCACAGACUCUACUACCUCCUCCACCACCUCCGCCCUACACAUCACCGCCCAUAACAGGAGCUCUCCAGCACCCACAGCUGCAGCUCCACCAACCCUCUCACGCCGCUCAGAGCACCAGCUUCCUGCUUCCCCAGCAGUACUUCUUCCCCCUGCAGCCUGACGCCUUCACAGCAACCAAGGGCUUUGCUGACUUUGGACAGAGCUGACAGGCGUCACCAGAGGCUUACAGGAACUCCAUGAGUCACUGAGAACAAACAUGGCUGCCCAGGUUAUGAUGUUAAGGACUGAAGGGGUGGACACAACAACAGGCCUGUUUGGGGGACAUUUCUACAUUUUAUGCACUUUUAUAAAGCCAGCAGAUCCCUGUGGUCUAACUAAACUCUUGUCCAACUUCCUCCAAAAACAUCUAAAUGUCUCGAAAUGUUGUUUUUUUUAAUAGAAGUAUAUUAUACAGAGAAUGUAGGAAGUUUUAAAUGUAAAAAAUGACACCUGAGAGUGAAGAGACACUUUCUUUGUGUGGAAAUGUGGGCUUUUGUGAAAUGAUUUCUUAAUGUACACUAAUUAAAAGCUGUUUAUUGUCAGUUCUGUGAAGCAUAUCAAAGAUCUACACAAAAACAACUCUAGUCCCCUUGGGUCAGACAUACGGUCAUGGGAAAUAAUGAGAAAACCCUUCAGCAGCUUGUGUGAUUUUGUGACAUUUUGAUAUAAGGAUAUUUAAAACAAUCUAACAAUACCUAAAAACACAAGUAUUAUAUAGAAAUACUAAAAAUGAAGAAAAUACAUUUCUAGCUUUUUUGUAAACUGAAAAAAACACUGCAGGUUCCCUAAGGGUAAUAGAAAAAGGGCACCUCCAUGUUUAAUUCAACUAAAAUUAAUCAGUAUCUCAUCAGAUAAAGGUAAGUUUAUAACAUCUUUACUCUGUAUUAUGAUGGAAGUUUAGACCUCAGAUAUCCAGCUUGGUGUCCCACUAACCUUUGAGAGUAAACACCAUGAAGAGAUCCAAAAAGCAGAAGAAGAUUGGUGCGGUUUACGAGUCUGGUAAAGGACUUAUGGAGGUCUCAAAAGAAUUUUAAAUCAUCAUUGUUUAUAAGAGAAUAACGGAGGAGGCAGCAACUAGAAACAGAAAAUCAUCAGGAAGUGGGCAAGAAUAAAGAAAUUAAAUGUCGUUGGGGAGAGUCGAAGCCCAAAUAUUCAUAUCAUUUUGAGAGCGAUACAGACAGUACAUGGAAAAACACCCCAAACAUCUCAGUGACUGAAUACAAAAAGUGCAGUUAGCUUUUAGAGUUCAUAUUUUCUUCCUUUCCUCAGUGUCUAUGAAAUAUAUUAGACACUAAUGUGUGAGGGUGUCCUAUUAAAGCAGCUAAAUAAGUGAGUACUUAAUGGGGGGUGGCUGGUGGACUGGUUGGACCAACACGGUAGCUCCCUACCUGUAGCUUCUUCUUGCGCCAGACUUCACGGCAGGAAUGCAGAGCUGAGAUCCGUCAUUGUCAGUGCUCAAUGAGCAUGGCAUGGUCGCAGUGUUAAAAACAACUCCCUCCAGAAACAGGUUUAUGUUGCAGCAGGAGCUAUAGGGUAGCCUUCACAAAGACCUUUCUGUUCCCCGGUUACCUGACUGUGAAACUGAUCUGGUGAUCAGCAUCUCCUGAAACCUGCCGCGGAUGUUUGCUGCUGCGUGGAGAGGAUGCACAAAGUUACAGCUUUUAUCACAAAAAUGCAUCUUACAGGAUGAGUUUCAGGGUGAACAUCUGCAACACAUUCAACGUCUGUCCUCUCAAAGGAAAGAACAAGUUGGCAACAUAUUUAGAGCGUCUCUGGAGAGAUGCUUUAAUGCAUUUGGAAAGUUAAAUAAAGCCCUCCUUACAGGC